AUGGAUCAUACAAUUACUUUCGCUUUCAAUAAAUUAUCCUUAAAUCCAGCACCUGCGUCACCAACUGCUAAUAAUAAUUUUAAUUCAGGUGAAUCACCUUCAACAUUGGGCAAGAAAUUUAGAAAUAGCCCAUGGGUGACGAAAUUUAUUAAUGAACUAGCAAUACAGGAAUCUAUUAACCCCAACGUCAUCUCAGCUUUAUUACAAACAAUUUAUUACGAUGGUGCAAAUUCUCUAGCCAUUCCACACAAAUCAUACUCACAACUACCAUUUAACUCGAAAGACAUCGUUAGGAUAAUUGAGACAUGGCUAACAGAAAAUUUUUCACGGGCUGGCGAUUCAAUUCCAAUCCUAGGGAAUACCUUGGAAGAUAAUGUAGAAAGUAUAAAUCAAAGACUAAGGACGGAGCUGGAUUUUUCAGGACUGAAUAAAGUCUUGGUAAAUAUUAGAGCUGGCCAUUCAUUUUUCUCUCAUAUGGAGGGUGACGUAAUCGUUCUUGAUGAAAACCAAGUGGAAUUCUUUUCACGCUUCCCACUUUUUGUUACGAUAUUUAUUAAAGUGGAAGCGAAAUCAACCUACACUACUAAUGAAGAAAAGUGUCAAGUGUUAGUAGCUGUUGAACAUGUCACCAAAAAGACACAAUUUCCAUCGCCGCUAUCUUCGGCAAUUAGAUCAAUCAGAUGUCAAAAAGUAAAGGAAGGGUGA